UGGGGGAGGGUAGCGGAGCCGGCGCCGCCGCCAUGUUGGGUCUGAGGCGGCUGCUGUAGGCGCCGACGGAGCAAGUGGGCGAGCGGAGCGGCCACAGCGGCGUGGGAUCUGCCUCUCUGCGAGCGGCCGGGAGCGGCGGCGGCGCCGGCGCCAUGAGCGGGGGCACCCCUUACAUCGGCAGCAAGAUCAGCCUUAUCUCCAAGGCGGAGAUCCGCUACGAGGGCAUCCUCUACACUAUCGACACCGAGAACUCUACCGUAGCUCUCGCCAAAGUUCGGUCCUUUGGUACAGAAGACAGACCAACAGAUCGUCCAAUACCACCUCGAGAUGAAGUCUUUGAAUACAUAAUAUUCCGUGGGAGUGAUAUUAAAGACCUUACUGUUUGUGAGCCACCAAAACCACAAUGUUCUUUGCCUCAGGACCCAGCUAUUGUUCAGUCUUCACUAGGUUCAUCUACUUCUUCAUUCCAGUCGGUGGGCUCCUAUGGACCUUUUGGCAGGAUGCCGACGUACAGUCAGUUCAGUCCAAGUUCAUUAGUUGGGCAGCAGUUUGGGGCUGUUGGUGUUGCCGGAAGCUCCUUGACAUCCUUUGGAACAGAAGCAUCAAGCAGCAGUGCCCUCUCCCAAAGUAGUGCGGUUGGUUCUGCCUUUACACAGGAUACAAGAGCUCUAAAAACACAGCUAUCUCAAGGUCGUUCAAGCCCUCAGUUAGACCCUUUGAGAAAAAGCCCAACCAUGGAACAAGCAGUACAGACCGCCUCGGCCCACUUACCUGCUCCAGCACCUGUUGGGAGAAGGAGCCCUGUAUCAACCAGGCCUUUACCAUCUACCAGCCAAAAACCAAUAGAGAAUCAAGAGCACAGGCGAGUUGAAGUACAUAAAGUCUCAAGACCAGAAAAUGAGCAACUCAGAAAUGAUAGCAAGAGACAAAUAGUUCCAGGUGCUCCUUCAGCUCCAAGGAGAGGGCGUGGGGGUCAUCGAGGUGGCAGAGGAAGAUUUGGUAUUAGACGAGAUGGUCCAAUGAAAUUUGAGAAAGACUUUGACUUUGAAAGUGCAAAUGCACAAUUUAACAAGGAGGAAAUCGACAGAGAGUUUCAUAAUAAACUUAAAUUGAAAGAAGAUAAACUUGAGAAACAGGAGAAGCCUGUCAAUGGUGAAGAUAAAGGAGACUCAGGAGUUGAUACCCAAAACAGUGAAGGAAAUGCAGACGAAGAAGAUCCACUUGGACCUAAUUGCUAUUAUGACAAAACUAAAUCCUUCUUUGAUAAUAUUUCUUGUGAUGAUAAUAGAGAACGGAGACCAACCUGGGCUGAAGAGAGAAGAUUAAAUGCAGAAACAUUUGGAAUCCCGCUUCGUCCAAACCGUGGCCGUGGAGGGUACAGAGGCAGAGGGGGUCUUGGUUUCCGUGGUGGCCGAGGACGUGGUAGUGGCCGAGGUGGUACCUUCACCACUCCUCGAGGAUUUCGUGGUGGAUUCAGAGGAGGUCGUGGGGGCAGGGAGUUUGCAGAUUUUGAGUAUAGGAACACCUAUGCCAGCGUGGAGCCGUAGUGAGCUUGAAAAAGACAACAAAGUUGCUGCAUAGUCUACAAACAAGUCUUUAAAAAUAGAUGGAUUUCUAGUUCUUCAUGGUCCUGAGAAUUGGUUUCAGUCUUUGAGAAGAAUGAAGAAGUGAAUUUGCUGUAUAUUUGUCACCAGCACUGGGUUUUUGUUUGUUUGUUUGUUUUUCUGCUUAAUUUCAGAGAUACAAUGCAGUUACUUUUGGGGGUGGGGGGGAAGGCUCAUCUUAAAAAAUGAGCAUUAAUUAUAUUUGGAAUAGCAGAAGGUUAAGUAAUUUCUUAUGUAUAGUUAAACUAAAGCAGUACUCCAGUGAAACUUAUAAGUAUUUUUUCAUCACUGAAAGGAUUUUUCUUAGCACUAAAUUGUAUUUGGCAAUUCCUGCAAGUUGCCUGGAGAUAGGGCCGUGAUACUGUGUUUUGAGCCACAGAAGGGUGUGUGUGUGUGUGUGUGUAUGUCUGUCUGUCUGUCUGUCUGUCUAUAUCUUUUCUUUCCUUUUUUCUUUUUUUUCUUUCUUUUUUUUUUUGGAAAUCCUGUAAUAUCCCUUUUGAGGUAGCUUAUUUCGUCAAUUAAUUAGGGUGCUGGAUGGUAGAGAAUUUUGUCAGUCAACUAUGUAUACACAGUAAAUACUGUUUCUUAGGCAAAGGUAACUUUUUUAUAUAGUUGUAAAAUUCCAUUAUAUCCCAUUGCCAAAGAAACAUUAAGAACUUUGUAUAGCUGUAUAAAAAGCAACUAAUUUUUUAAAGAAUAAACAUUUUAAAGUCAGCAAACAUACUGUGUCCUUGCAGAAGUUGAUGUGCUGAGGAGCAGAAAUGUGGGUGGGUCUUUUUUUCAUAGCUUUUGAGGCUUAAGAUUGUUGAUUUGAUUUUUUUUUUUUUAAUGUUUGGAACAUAAAUGAAGAUUUGAUACAUUCAUUAUCUAAAAAGGAUAAAUUACUCAUGCUUGUUGUAAGAAUUUUAUUUUGUAGCAAAUGGCAUAUCACAGGAUUUAUCCAAAUAAUAGAUAUUUUCAGUAUACAAAUGUAAAUAAUCAUAGAUAAGAAUGUAUUAGCUGUAUUUUCAAAUAAGUAUCCCCCCUUUUUUAAGACAAUAAAACUAGGUGUCAAUUAACCUGUUCUUCCUGAUA